UUUAUUGAGAGGCCUGCGUCUGAAUCAAACACUCUGCUCGCGAAACCUACUUUCGUGCAGUUGACUGCCCGUUUUAUUUUAGGAUCUUUUGACCAUAUGCGAGCAGGAUGAACAUCUUCAGACUAGCUGGAGAUCUCUCACAUCUUCUGGCCAUUCUAGUGUUAUUAUGGAAAAUAUGGAAAACAAGAUCGUGCGCCGGUUUGUCAGGCAAGAGUCAAAUACUUUUUGCCUUAGUGUUCAGCACACGGUACCUUGAUCUGGUUUUGACAUUCAUCUCAGUAUAUAACACUGUGAUGAAGAUCAUCUAUCUUGUGUGUUCGUUUGGUACUGUUUACCUGAUGCUGGUCAAGUUUAAGGCAACAUAUGACUCCAACCACGACACAUUCAGGAUCGAGUUCCUGCUUAUUCCUGUGGCUGGUCUGGCUUGUUUAGUAAACCAUGAGUUCUCAGUUCUGGAGAUCUUGUGGACCUUCUCCAUCUACUUGGAGUCAGUAGCCAUCUUGCCCCAGUUGUUUAUGAUAUCAAAGACUGGUGAAGCUGAGACCAUCACCAGCCACUAUUUGUUUGCACUUGGUGCCUACCGUGCUCUGUACAUCAUCAAUUGGAUCUACCGAUACUAUUUUGAGGGAUUCUAUGACUUUAUUGCCAUUGUAGCUGGAUGCGUACAAACAGCGCUUUACUGCGACUUCUUCUACUUGUAUAUUACCAAAGUUCUUAAAGGGAAGUCUCUGAAGUUACCAGCGUAAAAUGACAGGAAAGAGACGUUUGGUUCAUCCGAGCAAGAUGACAAUUUGCUAGUAAACUUGCAGAAAACAUAUCACUGUAAUUUUUAGUGUAACAUUAAUUAAUUCCAUGAGGUGUCCAAGCUGUUUUUUCAUCUGAAUAUUUUUGUAGUUUCGUGGUUGGUGUUUGAAAACUGUGCAGUUGGAGUGUUUAACUUGAGCUAACAACUAUUACAUGGAAAGUCUUUAUUGCAGUUGUAUGUUUAACUCCAUUUUUUAGCAAGUGAAUAAGUUGCUUUUCAGUGUAAUCUUAUAAAGAAAUCAGAAAUGAUUAACUUAAUUGAGAAAAACAAAGAAAGUAUAGUUAACAACAAACACAUUGCAUAAUCUUCAUUUGGAAUUAUUUGCAUGCUUACAGAGAUUGCUAUAUCAAGCAGGUUUAUGUCAUAGAGGACAAAUUUAUUAUUGCUUAAACCUUUAAGUAUCAUUAUUAAUUUUUUUUUUCAUCCAUUUUCAUUCCUUGCUGGUCUUGAUAAUUAUUAUGCAAACAGUAGUAAGAACCAGUAAUUUGGAAACAAUCCAAUUAAGUUCUUUUGGAACUGGAACAUUAAAGACAAUUCAAGUUAUUCUUUGCAUGGAAGCCAAUGCGGUCAUACAAAGAAGAGCACUUUCAUGUCAUCCUAAUCUGAGAGAAUUUCAAUCAGCCCAGGAAAAUUUGGAGGACCACACCAACUAACUGUCUACAUGUUUUCAUUAAAAUUAUCUUCUGUUGCAGAAAUCCAUGAUAACACAGUUUUUCUCUUCCUUUAUUAAUUCAGGAAUCACUUUAUCUGAAAAUAACUGUGUAUUUAAUUUAGUCGGUAGGGUUUGAGUGUAAUUUUUUUUUAGAGGGUCUUUUUAAUACUAUCAGUGUUAGAUAUUAAUGUUCUAUUAAUAUGUAAUGCUAAUAAAUAACUUCAAGUGCUUUGGUCCUCCAAUGUUUGAUUGUCUUUCUUAUAAUUAAGCAAUUACAUAUAGAUUUAAGUUAAAGUUCUUAUUUUAUGAAUGAUAAAUAGACCUGUCUUACAUUUCUGUCCACCAAUCCACUUCAGGGUUAAUGGGCAGUUAAGAUAUCUUGGUCUUCAUCAAUCAUGUAACCAAAAUUAAACUUAGUGGAGAUUAUUGGGAUAACAAUCUCACAUUCAAUAGAAAAGUUUUCUGUGCAAAUUUGUCACAACCUUGCCUUGCUUUAUAUUUACUGAGAUACAGAUGAACUAACCACUGGAGAAGCACACUAAAAACAUUUCACUAAAUUUGCCCUUUAGACUCCAUUGAGUAUGGAAGAAAUGUAAUGUAUAAGUCUUCUCAAGAGUGGAUUUAAAGUGAUGAGGGUGUAUUUUGAGCCAGGUAGAGAAAAAGCCCAUCAGAUGGAUUUCAUUUAUACCACCUAAACAAUGUAGACUUGGAAGUUGGCAAGUGUUAGUGUAAAGUUGCAUUUAAAUGCUGCUUUACUGUGGUGAGAGCUUUCAUCAAAUGAAAUAAAACUAGAAAAAGCAUA